AUGGCCGCUGAAGGUGUGCGUUGCCCACAGCCUGUGAGGCCGUCGUCGCUAAGCAGCCCGGCAGCCCCUGCCAGCAUUGAUCCUGAGCGUCAACCCACGAAGCCGCGUCAACCAACAAUGCUCAAACAACGUUUUGAGUACGACAACUCAGAUCUACGGGUGGAGGAACGCUGUCAGGAACAGUUAUCCUCGGUGUCUCGUUGGAUGUUGAAUGUUCCUAUUCCGGAAAUCAUUCUCCGCCCGAAUACAGCACCACCUUUUUUGAGCACUGAGAAGCUCUCUGCACCGGCCCUAGACCAACCCGACUUCAGACUACCUUCUUGUGAGCUGGAGGUCGACAUGUCGCAACAGGAUUUAAUGAAAUGUGAUUCUGUCUCUUCCUCUUCACACACAAAGCUGAGCAUAUCGGAUCCUUUGUACCGUGUAGCAGUUCACCGGAAUGGCAUUACCUUGGAUUUAACUGGGAGAGCAAUAGCAGAAGAACCAGAUAUUAAGGAGCUGCUAAAUACAUAUGUUCUCAAGCCGCGAGAAGGAUCUCCGCCCCUGUCGGACGAAGAAACUAACGAGGUGGUGAUGGUAGCAGGAGAUCUUAUAAACUAUGGUGAAGGAAAAGUAAUGAACAUCAUACACACCAAAGCGUUCCCUGUGAGUCGUCCUGGCGUCAUUGAAGGGGGCAACAUUCUGUGGACAACAAAGCCCUUACCAAUGAACCCCAAAUAUCUACACCAUCUCGAUGCACCAAAACCUGACCGGCAUUAUGGCUAUGCUUAUGAAAGCGAGAUUUGCUGGAAGGACGAGGAGAUGGCUGUGAUCUGCCACCGGACGGCGCAGCCCUACACCCAACCAACUAGAGAGAAUAUACUUCCGUUUCUAGCUCUUGAAUUCAAGGCAGAAGCUACCGGAGGCACGUUAUAUUGUGCCGAGAACCAAUGCGCGGGGAGUGGUACCCACAGCGUAGCAUCUCAGCGUUGGUUUCUAAAUCAGGCUUUCCCCUCCCAGGACCCCGCGACUACGGAUGCUGUCGCUUUCGUCGGAGCUGUCUCGUCACGAAUGGCCGUAUUUUAUAUUGUCUGGUACUCUAAUAUCAAAGCGCGCUAUAUCAUGUCAAAGAUCAAGGCCAUUUCGCUAAUGGAGGCUUCAGAUAUUCAACCGUGUAGGGAUCUUGUAAAUAACAUUAUGGAUUAUGGAAUGGGCCAACGGCUGCGUCGUAUUCGAGAGGCGCUUGCCAAAUUGCAUCCCAUCCCCCCGCACUGGGACGAAAUCUCUCCCGGCUAG